GAAGCGGACCGCGGGGGGUGAACGCCUAGAGCGCAGUUUCCGGUAGACCCGGAAGCCGAUCGCAGGGAGAAACUGUUUCGCAGCAGUGCGCCUUCCUUUUCCAGCCACCGGUUCUGACCCCGAGUGUGGGGAGUGACUUCAGUCUCCUGACAUCCAGUGUUCUCUCGAGCCAGUUUCCAGCCCACCGAAAAUGAGCUCUUCCGGAAGUGGGCAUCUUAUUCCAAUCCCCUCCCUGUGAAUGUGUGGAGAAAAAGAGAUGGGAACGAGUAAGAGGAAAUAGAGAAAUUUUGAAAGAGAAAUGAAGAAUGAGAGACCCAUUAACAGAUGGCAAAGUAGAAGGUUCACAAAUUUUAAGAGAGGGAGAAUAAAGUGAAAAAAUCUCAGAAGGAAUCCACUCAACAGAGGAGGAUUUACUUCCAAAGAGACAUAUUACGCAAGGAAGCAACUCGGAAGACGAAAUAAAAGGAGUCAGGAAUGGCCCUUACUCAGGGACCCUUGAAAUUCAUGGACGUGGCCAUAGAGUUCUCUCAGGAGGAGUGGAAAUGCCUGGACCCUGCGCAGAGGACUUUAUACAGGGAUGUGAUGUUGGAGAAUUAUAGGAACCUGGUCUCCCUGGGAAUCUGUCUUCCUGACCUGAGUGUUAUCUCCAUGUUAGAGCAAAAGAAAGAUCCCUGGACUCUGCAGAGUGAAGAGAAAAUAGCAAACAAUCCAGAUAGCAGGGAAUGCAUCAAUGGUGUGAACACAGAGAGGAGCUCUAAAUUGGGAAGUAAUGCAGGAAACAAGCCUUGUAAAAAUCAACUUGGAUUCACUUUUCAGUUACAUCUGCGUGAUCUACAGCUAUUUGAAGCUGAAAGGAAAACUUCUGGGUGUAAGCAUUUUGAAAAACCCGUCAGUGACAAUUCCUCAGUUUCACCGCUUGAAAAAAUUUCUUCCAGUGUCAAAUCCCACCUUUUAAAUAAAUAUAGAAAUAAUUUUGAUCAUGCUCCAUUGCUUCCACAAGAACAGAAAGCACACAUUAGGGAAAAAGCUUAUAAAUGCAAUGAGCAUGGCCAAGCCUUUAGAGCAUCUGCAAGCCUUACUAACCAAGUAAUCCAUAAUACAGAUAAUCCUUACACAUGCAGUGAGUGCGGCAAGGUCUUUAGUUGCAGUUCAAAGCUUGUGAUACAUCGAAGAAUGCAUACUGGAGAGAAGCCUUACAAAUGUCGUGAAUGUGGCAAGCUCUUUAGUAGCAAUUCAAACCUUUCACAACAUCAAAGAAUUCAUACUGGAGAGAAGCCUUACAAAUGUCAUGAAUGUGACAAGGUCUUUCGAAGCAGUUCAAAGCUUGCACAACAUCAAAGAAUUCAUACUGGAGAGAAGCCUUACAAAUGUCAUGAAUGUGACAAGGUCUUCAAUCAAAUUGCACACCUUGUACGACAUCAAAAAAUUCAUACUGGAGAGAAACCUUACAGUUGUAAUAAAUGUGGCAAGGUCUUUAGUCGCCAUUCAUAUCUAGCAGAACAUCAAACAGUUCAUACUGGUGAGAAACCUUACAAAUGUGAAGAAUGUGGCAAAGCAUUUUCAGUGCGUUCCAGCCUCAUAACCCAUCAGUUAAUUCACACUGGAAGGAAACCUUACAAAUGUAAAGAAUGUGACAAGGUCUUUGGGCGCAAGUGUUUCCUGACCUCUCAUCAGAGAAUUCAUACUAGAGAGAGACCUUAUGGAUGCAGUCAGUGUGGCAAGAUCUUUAGUCAGAAAUCAGACCUUAUACGACAUCGAAAAACUCAUACUGAUGAGAAGCCUUACAAAUGUAAUAAAUGUGGCACAGCGUUUAGAGAGUUUUCAGACCUUACUGCCCAUUUUCUAAUCCAUAGUGGAGAGAAACCUUACGAAUGUAAAGAAUGUAGCAAAGUCUUCAGGUACAAGUCUUCUCUAACCAGUCAUCAUAGAAUUCAUACUGGAGAGAAGCCUUACAAAUGUAACAAAUGUGGCAAGGUCUUCAGUCGUAGUUCAAACCUUGUAUGCCAUCAGAAAAUUCAUACGGGAGAGAAGCCUUACAAAUGUAAUGAAUGUGGCAAGGUCUUUAAUCAAGCAUCAUACCUUACAAGACAUCAAAUAAUUCAUACUGGAGAGAAGCCUUACAGAUGUAAUAAAUGUGGCAAAGCAUUUCGAGGGUGUUCAGGCCUUACUGCCCAUCUUGCAAUCCAUACUGAAAAGAAAUCUCAUGAGUGUAAAGAAUGUGGCAAGAUCUUCUCUCACAAGUCUUCCCUCACCAAUCACCAUAGAAUUCAUAUUGGAGAGAAACCUUACAAAUGCACCCUGUGCAGUAAGGUCUUCAGUCACAAUUCUGACCUUGCACAGCAUCAGAGAAUUCAUUCAUGACAGUCCCUACAAACUGUGUAUGGCAAAACAAUCAUCAUGAGUUCUAGCAUUAAUCAACAUCAGAGAGUCCAUACUAAGUGGAAAUCAUAUAAAUGAAAUGUAUGUGACACAGGCUUUAUCAAGGCCCGCCAAAUCACCAGACAUCACCACAUCAUUGUGGAGGAUGAAAGCACACAGAUGAAUUGUGUGUACUUGGGCUAUUAUUCAAGGACCAUUACUAUAGAACACGAUAGGAUUUGCACAAGAAGUAACUCUGUCUCUGGUUCUCUGAUACUAAUCUAUGAUAUUGCAUGCUGCAGAAUAAUGCUAAGUCAAAAUAUGUUGAAUCUCAUGACCUGAUGUAUAUCAAAAGUGCAACGGCUUGUAAAUGACCAGUUUUAUUCAGGCUAUAAAGCAUUCAAUUAUUAUUAUUAUUAUUUUUAUUUAUUUAUUUUGAGACGGAGUCUCGCUCUGUCGCCCAGGCUGGAGUGCAGUGGCGUGAUCUCGGCUCACUGCAAGCUCCGCCUCCCGGGUUCACGCCAUUCUCCUGCCUCAGCCUCUGCAGUAGCUGGGACUACAGGUGCCUGCCACCACGCCCGGCUAAUUUUUUGUAUUUUUAGUAGAGACAGGGUUUCACCGUGGUCUCGAUCUCCUGACCUCGUGAUCCGCCCGCCUCGGCCUCCCAAAGUGCUGGGAUUACAAGCGUGAGCCACCGCGCCCGGCCAGCAUUCAAUUAUUUGGGGCUUAUAGAAAAGGCUACUUUACUCUUUAUGACUUUGAAAUCUCUUCAUGUGCCUUCCAUACAGGCCAUUCACUGUGGUCCCUGGGAAAGAAUCAGUAGGAUGACAGGGCUGACUUCAUUAGCUGAGGAUUAUUUCUAUCCAAUUUCCUGAUGAAGGACAUUGCCUUUUGAAAUUAAAUAUUUUCUGAUUUAGAGAGCAUGGAGGUGGGCAGAGUAACAUAAAACUGAUGACCGUCAUCAUACUGUUGCAGUCAGCACACUUUCUCCUGACAUAAGUGCACAGUGCUUCAGUGUCCACCAACUGACCAUGAAAUAGAGUAUGCUGUGAUCUUAAGGCAUAGGUUAUUAAUGGGAAGAGAGUAAUAGGUUGCUAGUGUCUGAUUAUAUGGUAGAAAUAAUGCAAAGAAAAAGGUAGUCACCUUCUCCAUUGAAUAGCGGUAGCUGCUGUUUAGCAAAGACUGAUGAGAAAUAGAUUUUUUUUUAGAGAUAGAGUCUCACCCUGUUGCCCAGGCUGGAGUGUAGUGUUGUGUUCUUGGCUCACUGCACCCUCCGCCUCCUGGGUUCAAGCAGUCCUUCUGCCUUAACCUCCUAAGUAGCUGAGACUGCAGACGUGCACCACCACACCCAGUUCAUUUUUGUAUUUUUAGUAGAGACAUUGUUUACUAUGUUGGCCAGGCAGGUCUCCAACUCCUGACCUCAAGUGAUAUGUUCACCUCAGCCUCCCAAAGUGCUGGGAUUACAGGCAUGAACCACCAUGUCCAGCCUCAUUUUUGAAAUGGAAUAGAGAACAGUUAUAUCACAGUUGAGAGUUUAAUCAAAAUGACCAGAUCAGCAUAUUCUUUUUUUAGAUGAGACAGAGUUUCACCCUUGUCACCCAGGGUGUAGUGUGGUGGCGUGUUCUUGGCUUACUGCAACCUCCGCCUCCUGGGUUCAAGCAAUUCUCCUGCCUCAUCCUCCCAAGUAGCUGGGAUUACAGGCACGUACCACCAUACCCAGCUAAUUUUUGUAUUUUUAGUAGAGAUGGGGUUUCACCACAUUGGCCACAAUGGUCUCGAACUCCUGACCUCAGGUGAUCCAUCUGCCUCAGCCUGAAAGUGCUAGAAUUACAGGCGUGAGCCACCGUGCCUGGCCAGAUCAGCAUAUUCUUAAGUAGAAUUCACAUUUAAUUCUUGGCAUUAUAAGUUGCAACCGUUUGAUUUAGAAUGUAUGUAGCUCUCAUGUUUGUAGUAAUAAAGUUUCAUUUUUCCUAAGUAUGAAUGAAUCAUGUCAUUUCUACCAUCAUAAUUUCGUCCCACCUCAGGAGGAUGGAUACUCUGUAGCACACAGUAAUGCACCAUUGGGAUUUUAAGAUUGGAGCAUCCAGAGCAAGUUUUCUGGUUGUGAAAUGAAACAUGUCCUUUGGGUACAUAUCCUUAGGUAAGUGUGAAUAUGAGUAAUCAUACUUAGUACUUGAAUUAUUGUAUCUGUACUCUGCCCUAGAAUGCUUCUGUGGGUAGUGAAAAUCCCAUAGCAGUGCAACUUCAGCAUCCUAUACUCAAAUGUGUUCAUCACCCUUGGCAAAUGUUUAGUGUAUCAUUAUAUUUCUAUGUGCCUUUUUCUUGUGUGCUAAAUUAGACCCGUGGCACACACUUUCAUUUUUUAUUUUUUAUUUUUGACAGAAUCUCGCUCUGUCACCCAGGCUGGAGUGCAAUGGCGUGAUCUUGGCUCACUGCAAUCUCCACCUCCCGGGUUCAAGCAAUUCUGCCUCAGCCUCCCCAGUAGCGGAGAUUACAGGCACCCGCCACCAGGCCUGGCUAAUUUUUUUGUAUUUUUAGUAGAGACGGGGUUUCACCAUGUUGGCCAGGCUGGUCUCGAACACCUGACCUCAGGCAAUCCACCUGCCUUGGCCUCCCAAAGUGCUGGGAUUAUAGGCGUGAGCCACUGUGCCUGGCCCACACUUUCAUUUUUAUGAAGCAAAAAUACAAAUAUGACAAAUAUUAUGAGAUAAAAGUGUGAGGAUAAGGUUAAAAAUAGUAUAACACAAUCUCUUUUUUAUCCUUGUGCUUAGUGACAUAAUUUGAAAUCACUAAUGUUCAUAAAUUUCCUUGUAAGGGUGGACACACAGAAUGGAAUUGUGUUUUGCUUUGGUAUUUUAACUAGGAACUUCAUAUAUUUACCCUCACAACCUUUGUGGUAAUUUGAACUUUUGCCCACUCCACUAGAACCACAAAGUUUUUUUUUUAAAUUUGAGACAGUCUCUGUUGCACAGGCUGGAGUGCAGUGGUGCAAUUAGGGCUCACUGCAGCCUCAACCUCCCCAGCUCAAGUGAUCCUCCCACUUUAGCCUCAUGAAUAGCUGUGACUACAGGUGGACACCACCACACCCAACUAAUUUUGGGAUGUUUUUUGGUCACAAUGUUGCCCAGCUGGUCUCCAACUCUUGGGCUCAAAUCAGCCAGCCACCUCAGCUUCCCAAAAUGCUAGGAUUACAGGCGUGAGCCAUGCACCUGGCCUCCACUAGAACUUGUUUGAUGUCCACCUAAGGUUUGGCUUGGGUAUUGACAGUGAUGAUGCUGUGUACUGAAGUGGUCUGAGAAUGUUUAUUACAUAAUAAGGCUUUCUGAGGAAAGCAGGUUAGACUUCCCCAGUUGGUCCAAAAAUGUCAUGAGAGAACUGGGAUAGGUGACUACUUUGGUUGUUAUGAUUGUUGAAGGGUGGGCCUGGGGUGUGGGUACUUACUUGUGGUUUGAACUUCUACCCGGUGCCAAAUGAGGGAGCACUCAGUCUUUAUUAUCAGUUGACCAGAUGGGCAUAAUAAUGUAGUCUCAGCAAUGCACCAAGAUGUAACAGUCUCGUUUGAGAUAACACCUCGAGUUCUUUGUCCUACCUCCAAGAAAAGGAGUGUGGACAUAAAAGUGAGUUUGGAGCGAAAGUUUAAUAAGCAAGAGGAGAAAGCUGUCUGCCAGCAGAGAGGGGCUGCCGAACAGGAGUACUCACUAUGAGGUCCGUAUUGGGGUUUUUACAGACUGGAAAGGGGAAGGAAUGUGCUUAGUCUGCGGGCGGUCUUGGAGAACUCACGCCUCAGUUUGGCCCGGGACCUACUAGAAGCUGAAGUGAAAGCUUGGCCUGGGACCAAUUAGGGGCCGAAGUGAUGAUUCAUAGAAGCCAGACUUACAGUCCAAUAAAGGAAAAUAGAGUGCCCACCCAAACUUACUGGAGCCCGCUGUGCCCAUGCCCACAAAAGGAGAAGAAACUUUUGCCUGGGAGCCCACUGACUCUACAAAGGCAAAAGGCAUUUCUGUGCCAGGCCUGCUCCCUUAUCUGAGUGAGACGGAGGUCUGUGCAAGUUUUUAUCCAAAUGGGCCUUUUCUAUCUGUGCAGCCGUGGGCAUAACACCUUGUGCUAGUUCCCUUAUCGGUCCCUGCACCUUGAAUUUUUUCCCAGGCUGCUUUUUCUGUUAGGUGGGGAUGAGGCACUGACCCAUGGGCCAGGGACUCUCCAGAGACCCUUUUCUUGCUAUCUACCUAAGGCAAGCUAACUACCUCCUUUCAUAGGAAGAGGGAAUGCAGAGGGGUAAAAGCUGUUAGUAUUCAGACAUCACAAAAUGCUGUCUAACUCUUUAGUACAAGACUGAAUACUUCCUCUUGAAACUCCUGACUUCUUGGUUAGGAAAAACCCCAGUUUUCUUCAUGGUGAUAGCUGAUUACAUUCGUCUUGGCCGGACAUGUAGGUUUCACUGCACCUAUGAUUGUUGAAAAUCCUUGUGAAUUACUGUUUAGUCAAGUGUCUAGUAAAGUUGCCUAAGAUACAUUUUACCCUAGUUCAAUGAAAAUUAUGGUACAAAAGUGUUUAUUAUAAAAUCAACAUGAUUUCUUCAAAUAUUGUUUAUUGAUAUAUAAUUAUAUUUAUUAUACAAUAAAUAUGAUUUUGCUAGAAGAGCAUUUUGCCAAAAGUUGUGGAAAUGUCAUCAGAUUAUGGUAUGAAGCAAUUUUUUUGGGCUGAGUGGGGUGGCUCACACCUGUAAUCUCAGCACUUCGGGAGGCCAAGGUGGGAGAAAUCACUGGAGCCCAGAAGUUCAAGACCAGCCUGGGCAACAUAGCAAGAGCUUAUGUCUACAAAAAAAUUUAAAAAAUAGCCUGGUGAGGUCAUGUACACUUGUGGUCCCAACUAUUUAGAGGCACUGCAGCAAGAGGAUCGUUUGAUCCCAGAAGGCUGAGGCUGCUGUCAUCCUUGAUUGUACCACUGCACUCCAGCCUGGAUGAGGGAGACACUGUGUCAAAAAAAAUUUAUUUUGUGCUUCUUUUUAUGAGUUACAUUAAAAAUCUUCUUUUGGCCGGGCGCGGUGGCUCACGCUUGUAAUCCCAGUACUUUGGGAGGCCGAGGCGGGCGGAUCACGAGGUCAGGAGAUCGAGACCACUGUGAAACCCCGUCUCUACUAAAAAUACAAAAAAAAUUAGCCGGGCGUGGUGGCGGGCGCCUGUAGUCCCAGCUACUCGGAGAGGCUGAGGCAGGAGAAUGGCGUGAACCCAGGAGGCAGAGCUUGCAGUGAGCCGAGAUCGCGCCACUGCACUCCAGCCUGGGCGACAGAGCGAGACUCCGUCUCAAAAAAAAAAAAAAAAAUCUUCUUUUAUAAAUUGCAGUACAGAUUCCAUAUUUAAUACGUUUCUUCCAUGUGUUACUUGAGUGACAAUUUACGGGCUACAUAAAUGUGGCUGUUGUUUGGAAAGAAAAUGUUGUGACAUUAGUAUGCACACAAGACAAUGGGAAGUACAAACUAGGUCUCCUGUAAAUACGAGAAAGGAAAAAAGUGCUUUUACUAUGUUAGAAGACUUAAAACCACAUGAAGUGAUUCCAGUCUUUCUGUUGUUAUUCCGAUGUUUUAGCUAUUUUAGAUUUUGGGGUUUGGUUUUUUUUGUUUCAUUGCUUUUCUACAUAAUUGUAUAACCUUGUUAGUAUCUGCAGAAUGCCCUGAUUAGGAAAUGUGUUAACCCUAUGUGUCAAUUUGGUAUAAUUUCAUACUGUUUUCAUAUUGUUUUAUGUGGAGUCUUCCAAUAAAUGUAUAUUGUAUAUGUGUCUGUA